AAUACAGCAGGGGAGUAGCUGAGACGGUGUCUCUUUUAUCCGUUUUACCCUGAAGCAUACUUCUGUAAAGGAUAUAUUUUUUCGUGAACUGGGAUGGCUUGUACGACUAUGUAUUAUCUAAUAUAAAAAUACAUUUCUCUUCUUGUGAAACACAAUACGUUUUGUACAUAUCAAUAGUUAUUUACCUCUCAGUUCCUAUAAACAGGCUGCGUGGUCAUGGACAGCACUGUGAAUUCUGAGAAAUCUCAUCUUAUUAACGAGAAAAAUGCGAAAAUGUAUUCUCUGAAACUGAAAAGCUCCUUCCCAGGGUCCAAGCAAGGAUACCCCAGCUUCCCGUUUGAGAACGGGGAUGUACCAGGGGCCAUCGAGCUCAAACAACCCGUCGGCACCCACUGCCACGGCAAUAGGGCCUCGGCCGGCCAAACCCCGGAGAAGCUUCUGGCUCGUAAGAAGCUGUACAUCGCUUCUUUUGUCUGUCUGGUCUUCAUGAUUGGGGAGGUGAUAGGUGGCUACCUGGCCCACAGUUUGGCCAUCAUGACCGAUGCAGCUCAUCUGCUCACCGAUUUUGGCAGCAUGAUGGUCAGCCUCUUCUCCUUGUGGAUCUCCUCCAGGCCUCCCACCAAGGUCAUGAAUUUCGGGUGGCACCGGUCAGAAAUCCUGGGUGCCCUGGUGUCAGUACUGUCCAUCUGGGUGGUGACAGGAGUUCUGGUGUACCUCGCCAUCGAGCGCAUCGUCAGGAACGACUAUGAGAUUGAGGGUCACGUGAUGCUCAUCACCUCCGGCUGUGCAGUCCUGGUUAACAUCAUAAUGGCCUAUAUUCUCCACCAUUCUACCACCUUCCACAACCACGGCUCAGGCUACCACAAGAUCGAAGAGGGAGGUGCAAGCCCGGUUGGCCACUCCCACUUCCACGGCCUCCUGGGAGGUCACGGCAACACCAGCGUGCAGGCUGCAUUCAUCCACGUAGUGGGCGACCUGCUGCAGAGUGUGGGAGUUAUGGUGGCAGCCACCAUUAUUUACUUCCGGCCUGAAUACAAGAUAGCAGAUCCCAUCUGUACCUUCCUGUUCUCUGUGUUCGUCCUGGGAACCACAAUCACGAUACUGAGGGACGUCUUCAGGAUAUUAAUGGAAGGAGCACCAAAGGGGGUGGAGUUUAACUCUGUGAAGGAGGUGCUGUUGUCACUGAGGGCAGUGAAGGCCAUGCACAGCCUACACCUCUGGGCUCUGACCUUGGGACAGACUCUGCUGUCUGUGCAUGUGGCCAUAGAAGAGAAUGCAGACCCUCAGAGCGUCUUAAAGGAAGCCACAGAGAUCCUUCAAACCAAGUUUGGCUUCUACAGCACGACCAUCCAAGUGGAGCACUACACAGAGGACAUGGAGCGCUGUGCCCAUUGCCAGGACCCCAUAGACUGAGGCCUGCACAGCGACAGGUAGGCCUCUCAGAGGUAUGAGAGCGCCUACUGUGGCUCACCAGUGUCAAAGUCACAUACUCAUUGUAAUCACCACCAAAGGCAUUCCAAGCCAGAACUGGAAACUACGUCUAAGAACACCAACAUCUUAAAGUCGGAAAGUGUUUCAGUCCAUCGGCCUUUGUAGAGCUACAUCAAACGAGCUUGUUGCCAAGCCAAAGACAUUUGUCUGUCCAAUUUCUGGAAAAAAAAUCAAAUCCAAUACUGAGGAGUAGUUUCGGUCUCUCAAAUGCAUAUUCACCUUGGCAGUUUGGUGGGAAAAUUCCUUCUUUGGCCAAUAUUGCUUUUUCCAUUAUGAUAACACACAGAUAUGGCACAAGGACGGCUCUUAUUUUCUGGCACGUUUUAGAAAAGCGACAGCGAAUGCACAAGACGGCACUGUGAUUACAAGUAAGGGAGGGGCAGGAGAAAUGGACAAGGCAGUGGGAAAUAUGUGGAGGACACCAGCGUUUGCUGCUUGGAUUGAAAAGGUCACUAGACCACUGGUCCUACUACAAAUCAGAUGCUUAGGCGGAAUAACAGUGUUGAAAUGUGCCUAUCAAAGAGUUUUUAGCGGAAAAAAAAUGACACAAAGCUCCCGCUACCCAAAAGGCAAAGAAACUCAUUAGACACGUUACACACACAGGCCACCCCCCCAGAUUAUAACAGAGGAAUAACCAGAGCUCACUCCCCAAACAAAAGCUUAAAAACUGCAAACUUACCAGCUCGAUUUACACCAGGAAAGUAAAAAAAGGCAGCUAGGCUACAUUAAUGGUGCUACACGUGUUAGCCCGUCCUAAAGACGCAGACUGCAUAGGACAAGAUGCACUAGCUUUCAGUGUAGGGACUUUGAUUUGAGAGGAAAAUCUUUACAAGUACUUUUCUGUGCGAGGAUAAUGAAAGACUUUCAUAGAAGACAGUCCACAAUAAAAAAAUUACGAAAAAACAAUAAAACUUGGCAUUAAUGUAAAUACCACUGCUUACAUUAAUGUAAGAUCUCCUCCUUUAAGAUUAUAGUCACUCCAAACGACAGUACAUAGAUCCCCAUGAGUGCUUAAUGCUCUUCCUCCUCCACUACGUGGUGCUUCCCUUCUGGUUGCAUUCCCCCAUUACUGUCUAAACUGCAUUCCAGAGGUCUGGAAUACUCACAGCGCUGGACAGAACGAGCCCGCCGAGGUUUCUCACCCUCUCCCACCCUCACAUGUGCCUCUCCGGGGGAGUUUGGCAUCCAGGCGUGUUUGUGAUCGUAAAUUUAACUCAAAAAAAGAAAAACAUGCAUAUAUAAGAGGAAAAAUAAAAUAUGUACAGUGAUGUGUAUUGUGCCAAGAGCAACAAAGGUCAAACGACGUUCCUUGACGUCAAGGCGACGCAAUUUGCUUGCAACAUAUGCAGAUACUUGCCAUACUUGUCGUGUUUGAUGCCUUUAUCGGAUUGUUGAUGUAGAACAUCGCGCAUUGUGGUGGCGGCAGUAUAAAACUAUGAAUUCAUUUUUUUUAAGAGAAGUGGCUGAUGCAUUCUUGUUAAUUCUAAUAAUGUUGGGGACAUAUUUUGGGUUGAAAUGCCUACAAAUCAGACUGCCAAUUUAAGAAUAUUACAAAUUGAGGACUUAGCUGCUAUUUAUCACUGAAUAUUAUUGCAGAAGUCUAUAUUUUGGUCAAUUUUGAUAUAAGGAAAGGAUAUAUUUUAGAUGUAAAUAUUUCAUUUGUAAACCAAAUUAAAAGCCAACGAAUAAAGCAAUCAAAAUGAAACCUAAAGAUGACGACCAACGAUUUUCUCAUAUUUUUGUCAUUCAGAUUGCGGUUAAGUCUUUUGUUUUUUCUAACCUUUUUUGUUCUUUCUGAUCAGAGGGACACUAGCAGAUUUAAAAAAAAUAAAAGUAUCAAAUAAGACGGCAUUAGAAUGAAAUGCCUUCUUUGACUAGGAAAUCUCUUUGUCACUUGAAUUGCCAAACCAGUCGCAUGUGGCGAAGCAAGAUAACGAUAUUGAACUUUAACAGGAAAACGUUACCAAAGACAAAAUAUAGAACAGAUAAGUCUGCGCAGUACUUAUGAAUCAAAAGGUUACAAAAACUUAAAAUCCAAAUAGCUAUAUGAAGGUAAGUUGUUGGCUGAAAUAUCAGGAACCUCGUAUAUAUAUUUAAGCUUCAUUUUAACUGGUAACUAAACUGUCGUUUGGAAGACAUGCUAGAUUAGUACAAUAAGCUGCACACUGCAACAAGGUUUAAAAAAAUCCCGAAACUGAUACAAGAUCGAUUUAAACCUGUUAAAUUGAAUAUUUUGUCAUAUUUAUUUUUGCAAAGAACUUAUAAUAAUGAAACUACGAUAGGAAAUAAAGAAGAGCGUGACUGCCAUUUAAUUAGGAAACUCCAGAGGUCAAAUACCUGAAAAUAGGUUCAGCAAAACUGGAACAUCGGAUAAAGUGGGACAUUUAAGCUUUGCCCAAUGCUACUUUAAAAAAUCAACAACCAAUGAAAACAAACAGUGCUAAAAUCAUACUACAACAGGACUUGGUCUUCACCAUCUAUUUUCAUUGGUGUGACUUAUUUUUGACAGCUGUGUUCAGAAUUUUAAGACACGCUGUGCAGGCAAGUGGACCGACAAACGAAAUAACUCUUUAGAAAGAUACGGCUGCUAGAAGCAUAUAAUUGGGUAUCGUUUAUGAUGUCGUACUUUUGGAAAAGAAAAAAAGGCCGGAGAUUAUUUUAAAAAUAAAGCACAUUUUGGAAAAAAUGUGUUUGUUUGCUUUUGUGUUUAGUGCUGUCCCAUUUUUGCUGAAGGUGAUAGUAAAAGUGAGAAAGUACUUUUCAGGUAAAAUGGGACACAUUUUUACAUGUAAAUGACGUAGAUCGGGGAUACCCAACUCGUCGAUCGUGAUCGACCAGUGUUUCUAAGUAGAUCGCGAUACGAUAAAAGGAUAAUACUGUAUUUCAUUGAUGGCGAACCAGUCAAUCGCGAUCGAUGAGUUGGGUACCCCUGAUGUACGUUAUUUACAUGUAAAAAUACGAAGGGAACCCCACAACCUCCCACCAAAAGGGCGGCAAAAUAUACCAAGGAAUGUUUCAUGGAGAUUUCAAGACACUCAUGAAGUUAAAAAACAAACAAACAAUUAGUUAUUUGAAGUAGCUGGAUCUUAUGAACAAAAUCUUACAAUGAAUUUAUUUAUGGUUUGUUUUCUUGGUAAAUAAAAUAUUGCUUUAAAGUAUAUAUUGCCUCUAAAAAAAAAACAAAAACAAAACACCGUCCCACUUUACCUGAACAAGCUCAUCACGAAAUGAGAGGUACCUCUCCAUGUUUUAUUCCAUAUAACUCUUAAAUAUUACACAGAUUGUUUAAUUGUCCACACAAAUCUUUUUAAGGAGACAUGCGACUAAUGGCAGAAAAAUAUUCAUUUGAGCAAAUGGCUUUCAUGAGAUUUUUCUAAAUCAUUUACCAAAAAGUGUCCCACUUUUGCAUAGUUCUGCCUUUAGCCAAACUUCGACAGAAACUAUUCUGUUUAACCUACAAUUUACGAUAUUUAUAAAUUAGAUCAAUCUGCCGUUUGUAUACUAAAUUCUAACUUGUUCAUCGACUUGGUGUAUCAUUUGACAACUCCGUGAUGUACCGCGAGUUGUAAAUAAUAAAAAAAAACAUUGUAUGUUUUGGUGUACGACUGCUUUGUGAAACCGUCUAAAUAAAAUAUUAACUGUCAGAAAUGUCUCUAAGAUGUAAGUGUAUCCGUUUUAUGGUGAUGUCGCUGCAUAAAUAUGAUCCGCGUCCCUAUACGAAUAUGUUUGGUAUCCUAAGUGUUUGUCUGUAUGUUAGUUUUUGUAAACUGAAAUA